AUGGCGGAAACAAAGGAGUGAAGAUUGAUUUUUGUGAGAUUUUUUUUGUUAGAUGCCAUUGAUUUAGUAUAAAUGCUCACAUAUUUCGCAUGGAAUCAAAAAAGCCUCUUAUUUGGUUCGAAUUUCUGUUCGACAAAACAGGGACACUCUUGACAACACAUUUGUCGACACCAAAUGCAGCCCCAUCAGCAGAGCAGCUUAUCCAUCAAUUUCUUGAAAAAUCAGGAUGUAUUUCUCCUUGGACAAAGAAUCAAAGUGCUCCGAAGACAAACCAGAAUGGGCAUGAAGUUAGCGAGACAAAUAGUAAACGAAAGGAACCAUUGCUAUUGCUUGCGUUUCAUGUGGCCUCCCAUUUGGAGUGGAAUUUAGGUUGCCUGGAAUCAGGCCUUCAGCUCUAUGUGCAAUAUGUGCUUUUAAAGGAACUUGUCAAAAUGUAUUAUAAAGAAACAGAGGAAAUUAAACCAGCACCUGAAUUGAAUAAAGUUGAGAAAGAAGCUAUUUUUCCUCUACUGUUGUAUUAUAGAUGGAUUGUGAGAUCAAUUGUUGAUCAGAGUUCAUCCAAACUCACAGAAAACAAAACAAAUGAAUCACCAACAGGGGAGGCUAAAUGUGAGAAAAGUGAAAUAGAAAAACUUGUUGAUAAGAUUGAAAGUGAAGAGGCGAUAGCAAUAGAGGUGUUACAACAGGCGACUAGCUGGAAAGAUGAUUUGGUGUUGCCAAAACUACCACUUUUAAAAACACUGACAGAAACUGGCUUGGACAACAGGUACAUCAGUGAAAAAGAUGAAAAGGAUGAGAAAGAAGAAGGAGAUGAUAAAGAAUUGCCACCCUCUGAUGAAGCUAUGGACACAUCACAUCCAAAGACUGUUUCAAGUCAGUCUAUUGUUGGUCAGAUAUGUUUUGAUCUUGGUACGCUGUAUUUUUACAAAGGAAACAUUGAGAAAGCCAAGGGUCUCUUUGAAAUUUGUUCUGGUGUGCAGUGUGGCAAUGACUCAUUUUACACAGUGGACAAAAAGAAACUCUCCGGUUAUUACACAGCCUGCUGUUCUCUCUUGCAUUGUCCUGUCCGUGAGGAUCUUGUUAGCUCCCAGUCUUUAAUGAGUCAAAUGGAACAAUCCAAAUACGAUGGUUACAAGAAUCUUGUGUUUCUACUAAUCCAAGACAAUGCAAAACAGCAGGUGCCCUAUACGUUUAAACGGUAUCUCGAAGCAGACGUUGUUCGAUAUAUUCAGCAAAAUUUUCGCGCGGACAAAACUCUUCCGUGGAAAGUGUGUUGUUGUAAUACCACUGGGAAUCUCUUGGCUGGUCGCUGUGUUGAUCCGGAGUUCUGGAAAAUGUUGGAGAAUUCCACUGGUGAACAGUUCAAGUGUUUCAUUGAGCUUUUCGUGGAAUCCGUGGCACUUUUGAGCGAGAAACAGAAAUCAGAGAAUAACGGAUUAAUUCUAUCACAACUGGAAUCCUCCAUAGCAUCUCUGCUGGUUGGGCAAUUCGCCCAAGAAAGAUAUGAUAUUUUGUUGAGGUCAAAUAUUGGAAGAUAUCUCGACAUGAAUAUGAUGAAGAAAGCGCUGAAAAAUCAGGAGGAAGAUUUAAAAAAUGGAAACUGCAAGUUUUCACCAAUCAGCAUCCAGCCUCACCAAGAUACUCGGGUUGAUAAUCAAGUUCAGGUCAGCCAACUGGAACACGACUUACAGGUUACGUCAUGCCCGUCCCAGAUCCCCGUCUUGCUCAUGCGACUUCACAGCCGAGAUUCCGAUCCUCACAAAAACCAUGCUAAGGGAUACGAAAGCGCCCUCUACGGAGCCUACAUCAAAGACGUUAAAGAUGACAUACAACAAGAUCUCUUGCAUGUCCUGUUCAGCAAGGCUAGCCUCUGCGCUCAGAGAAAGGAUUUUGUUGGUGCAAAAAGCUUCUUGGAUUUUGGAUUUCAGACGAUCCAAGAUCAACGGAAAAGAUAUGGCAACACCUCGACGUUUGAUAAACUAAGCAAUUUCUUGUCGCAGGAGAUUCUUGUCACGAACAUUUUGAUUGCUGAGGAAAAUCGUGAAAAACUCUCCCCCGAUAUUCUACGAAGGAUCAUGUCGAACCUCACCAUAGGAGCGUCAGAUUAUGCGCCCAAAUCUCAUGCGAUCGAGACCAUGGUUGUGUACCUUUUAAACGUGCAAGAAUGGUCCUUUCUGUCUGAUCUUGACAUUCGAUGUGCUAAAGAAGCCAUGGAUUAUAAGGAGCUUGCUCGGAGUAUUGCUGGGGUUUGUACUAGUCUGACAAAACCUCUCGUAUGGCGAAAAACGGCGAAAAACAUGUGGGACGCUGUUUUGAAGAUUUUUACAUCGACUGUUCAGCAUAAGCGUAUGUUGGCGGAUGGUACUCUUAUUGACAUCAAACGUGAACCAGAACAUCUGCCACAUUUUGUGAAGUUUAUUAAAAAAGUUAAGGAUGAGACAUGUUUAAGUUUAAUCAUGUCGUGUUUGGAGCGUAUGCGGAGUUUAGAAUCCCCAACUGACAAGGACGAGAAAGAACAGAAGAACGUCAUGAUGCACAGUCAUCUCUGGCCAACAUCAAUACCAUCAUCUUCCUCCAUAGAAUUUCCUCAGAUAAGACAGGCACUUCUCGAAGUCAUUGAUCACAGUGUCGCUGUCCAUCCCUUCAACCCUACGUUCCUGAAGACACAAGGAGACACGUUUUAUGAAAAAGAGAAUCACUUAAAAGCUCUUCGUUGUUAUUUACAAGCGGGUGCAGCUUCCUCGGACUUCUUCGCAUUACCCGUUCCAAAGGCGAUCUGGGAUAACUCGAUAUAUCGAAAAAUGAUAGGGUGUUGCACUUUCUUCAACGCUCAUACACAGGUCGCCCUGCUGUGUCAAUUUUUGGAGCCUUUGGAUUACUCGUUGGCUUUUAACGCGAUGAAACAAACGACUCGGAACGACGCUUCGGAGUUCUACUACAACUGCAUUUGGGAUGUAACUUUGCUGGAGUUUGUGAUUCAUAUUCACAGUAAACAGGGCGAAAAUGACAAAAAGCAGAUUGCGGUACAAGCUAUCAGCCAAUCGGAAUUAAACAGUUGCAAUCCGCCUGAAAUCCUUCAAAAUGCCAAGAGAAAACGAAACACUAGUUUUCUUCAAAUCCUGGCCAAGCAAUAUUUGUAGACUCGAACGUAUGUCCUAGGAUUGGGAGACCAAGGUCUUAACCACUAGACAACCGCGUCAUUUGUCGAAAGCCAAUUGUUCUUUAUUUGACCUAACCCUUUUCAAAAAAGUUUAAUAAACUGCUUUAACCAGUAGACCACACGAACCUGCGGUGAAAGGCUACACUUUUUUAUAUUAUUUAAUACCUUUUUGGUAGACUCUCAAACGAAAUAACAAUUUAAAUAGGUUCAAUUUAAUGUUAAUGAUUGAUUUUCUCGUCUAAAACGCGCACAACCUUAAAGCAUGCCUGUGCCUUAGAGCACUAUCUAUACAUAGGACAAGCAUGCUAUAGAAUUCCAUAAGUUUUCAUUUCCAUAAAAAAUCCAUUUCACUUCCUUUAUAUCAAAAUUUCCAUAAAAUUUCCAUCAAAGUGGAAACCCUGGCUAUGUAGUAAUAGCUAAUGAAAGUUCGUUAUAGGAAAUUAUAAUAUAAGUAUGAUAUAACGAGCAAUUUGAUUGGCUACCGCGCGUGCAUUGUGAGGCCAUA